UAAUUUGCACACCGAUGAGCAAUAUACGGUGUGGAAAGUAGACGUAUGUUGAAAAGUCAGCUAUUUAAAGCGUUGCUCUUGAGCAUCAUUUAAUCGCUGAUUUUCCAACCAAGAUUAGCUACUAUAUCUACCAGUGUACUACUACCAUUCAAGGUCUGUAGAGAAUAACGUGUUGAAAAUGAGUCUCUCUUUACAGGGUACAUUGGUAGUAUUCCUUCUGAUAGGUGCAUUCAAAGGUAGCAAUGGAGAAUGCAAGGAUUUUAACCGGUACUGUAAAUUGCUUCAGAUCCAUGGAUAUUGCAUAAGCUUCUAUCAUACGUUAAUGAAAAAACAUUGCCCAAAGUCUUGCAAUUUUUGCAGUGGUUCCUUUGAACGAGAUGCCCUGAACGCACACAACAAGUAUCGCCGCAUCCACAACGCACCAGAUAUGACUCUAAAUUCUGCGAUGUCACGCCAGGCCGCAGCCUAUGCUGCCGAGUUAGCCAGACGUGGUGGAAGCCUGGUCCAUUCAUCAACUUCUGAUGGGGAAAACCUGAUCAAGGCUUGUGGACGACUUGCGCACAUGACCGGUGCUGCUGCUACUAAAUUGUGGUACGAUGAGGUUUGUUACUUCGAUUUUAACAACGGUGGGUUCAGCAAAAAAACAGGUCACUUCACGCAACUCGUCUGGAAGGGAAGCACCAAACUCGGAAUUGGAAAAGCUACCGAUGGUUGGUGUACCUAUAUAGUUGCUCGAUAUAGACGACCGGGCAACUACCGAGGACAGUAUCGACAGAAUGUACUGAAAGGCAGCUUUAACAGAAGGAGGACGUGCAACUUAGGAAAGCGUGAAAGUUAUGUGGUGUGUACUAUCAUAUCUGUAGGAGAAUGCCUGGAUCUUGACCAGCACUGUAGCUAUUAUCAGUCCCAUGGAUAUUGCAACACCUAUCCAGAUUGGAUGAAAACAAAUUGCCCAAAAUCUUGCAAUUUCUGCAGCGGCGGAUCGGGUGGUUCUGGUGGCUCUGGUGGUUCUGGAAGUGGCUCGUUUGAACAAGAUGCCUUGGAGGCGCACAACAAGUAUCGCCGCAUCCACAUCGCACCAGAUAUGACUCUAAAUUCUGAGAUGUCACGUCAGGCCGCAGCCUAUGCUGCCGAGUUAGCCAGACGUGGUGGAAACCUGGUCCAUUCAUCAACUUCUGAUGGGGAAAACCUGGCCAUGUGUGGACAAGACUUGACCGGUACUGCUGCUACUAAAAUGUGGUACGAUGAAGUGUGUUACUUCAAUUUCAACAACGGUGGGUUCAGCGGUCGCACGGGUCACUUCACGCAAGUCGUCUGGAAGGGAAGCACCGAACUCGGGAUGGGAAAAGCCACCAGUGGUCGGUGUACCUAUGUAGUUGGUCGAUAUAGACGAGCGGGCAACUACCGAGGACAGUAUCGACAGAAUGUACUGAAAGGCAGCUUUGACAAAGCGAGGACGUGCAGCUGUUUGGUCAGCCUUAGCCAUGCGAGUUACGAGCAAGAAGCGCUGGACCGACACAACCAUUUUCGUCGCGCUCACAGCGCGCCAAUGAUGACGUUGAGUUCUGACAUGACGCGAUCAGCCCAGGCAUACGCAGAACGGCUAGCACGUAUGGGAUCCUUACAACAUUCUAGUUCCAGUCAACGGCCAGGCCAGGGAGAAAACCUGGCUAUGACGUGUGGUAGGUCCUUCACUGGGGCCACGGCAGUUGAUAUGUGGAACUUGUUUUGACAAUAACAAGAACUGUGAGUACUGGAAAUCAAAUGGAUACUGUGACAGCUAUCGUAAUUACAUGAAAAUCAAUUGUAAAAAAGCUUGCAAUUUCUGUAGUGGCGGAAGUGGAGGAAGCGGAAGUGGAGGAGGCGGAAGUGGAGGUAGCGGCGGAAGUGGCGGAGGCGGAAGUGGAGGUAGCGGCGGAAGUGGCGGAGAAAGCAGUUCCUUUGCACAAGAAGGUUUAAACAAGCACAACGAGUACCGUCGCAUUCAUAGCGCGCCCGCCAUGACCCUGAAUGCUGAAAUGAACCGUGAAGCUGAGGCUUAUGCUGCUAAGAUAGCAAGAAGGGGUCGACUUACUCAUUCUAAUUCUCGAGAUGGUGAGAAUCUGGCCAUGUAUUGUGGAAGAGAAUUCUCUGCUGCUGCUGCCACUAAGAUGUGGUACGAUGAGGUGUGUUACUUUAAUUUCAACAACGGUGGGUUCAGCGGUCGCACGGGUCACUUCACGCAAGUCGUCUGGAAGGGAAGCACCGAACUCGGGAUGGGAAAAGCAACCAGUGGUCGGUGUACCUAUGUAGUUGGUCGAUAUAGACGAGCGGGCAACUACCGAGGACAGUAUCGGCAGAAUGUACUGAAAGGUAGCUUUGAUAAAGCAAGCACGUGUAGUGGUGGAGGUGGUGGUGGAGGAGGGGGAGGAGGUGGUGGUGGUGGUGGUGGUGGUGGGGGUGGAUGGUGGAGAGGUCGCCGAUGAAAUGCCAAGCCCUAGAACGAGUUCAGUGAAUCAUAAAGAAGCUGACAGUCUUGUAGUAUGAAUGCUUCAGUUAUGGAAUUAAAAGAAACAUUUGCUAACUA